AUGCUGAGGCUGCUGAGCAUCACACGCUUCGCCCAUACUACUCGUUGCGCUUCGACCAAGAGGCUCACCGCUCACCUUUCCGGCUUCCACCACCUCGUCCAGCCAAACGAAAUAAAAAUGGCAUCCUCACUCUCCAAGGACGACCAGAUCCAGAAUCUGCGAAAACUGUUCGCUGACUCCGACGUCCCAAACGAUCCGAAAGCAUGGGACAAGGCUUGGGUCGACAGCACCACACCGUGGGACGCGAACAAACCUCAGCCCGCCCUGGUGGAGCUGCUCCAAGGUGCACACGAUGCCGACACUCAGGUCCCUGACGCCGACGGCAAUCCUAUUCCCAUCUCUCAAGCGAUUCCCAAAGGUGAUGGCACGGCAGUGGUUCCCGGUUGCGGAAGGGGUUAUGACGCAAAAGUAUUCGCCGAGCGUGGGAUGACGACGUACGGUGUCGACAUCAGCUCCGCUGCUGUCGCUGCAGCGAACAAGUGGCUCGAUGACCAAAAUCUUUCUACUGAUCUCGACUCGAGGGUCAACUUCGCCGAAGCCGACUUCUUCUCCCUCGGAAGCAACAAGAGCGUAGUAUCGGAGCUGUCCAAGCCGGGGCAGGCAAGGCUCGCGUACGAUUACACUUUCUUGUGCGCCAUUCCGCCUCCACUUCGCACGCAGUGGGCCGAGACCUACACAAGACUUUUGCAGAAGGAUGGAAUGCUCAUCGCUCUCGUCUUCCCCAUCCAGGGAGACCGUCCUGGAGGUCCACCUUUUUCCAUCUCGCCUCAGCUGGUCCGCGAGCUGCUCGGUUCGCAGAAGAACGCGGAUUCGAGCGCUGCCUGGAAGGAGCUGGCUGAGUUGAAGCCCAAGGGACCAGAGACACGGCCGGAUGUCGAGCGAAUUAUGGUUUGGCGACGCUCAUGA